AUGCAGAUCCUCACUUCUGAUGAGAGCUAUCAGAACCUUUCCGAGUACGGUCAAGUCAACGGCGACAACGACACCCGAGAUCUCGCAGUCUCACCGACAGCAAGCCUUGAGCCAUGCGAGCAUUGCGGCGAGGAGUACUGUACGGAUGCCGAAGUCGGCGUUGCUCAAGAGGUUCGCAUGUACAGAGCUACACCAGCUCGCAUCUCUCAUUCCGCGUCUUCAACACCGGCCAAGCCUCUGCGCAAGAAGCGUAAGCUCGAUUCUCUGGUCUCGAGGGCCAAAGAGCAGGCCAGUAGGUUCUUGAGGUUCUCGAAGAUUGAGCGGAAGAGUACUUACUGCACGAUAGUCCCAGAUGCCCGCCUGAGACACUCGUCAGCUGACCACGCCAUGGCUACCGAGCCCGCCAAUUCCAUGAUCAGUACCGCGGGCCAGAAGCCGGGACACGAGAAGCGGAGAGAGUUGAAGGUCCAAAUCCCCACGGAGGACUUCGUUGGACGCGGCUCGGCACACAGGCAGUAUGCCAACUCCAGUCAGGCUGACGAGGACGAACCAUCGAGCCCUUUCGGCAUGGACCCGAGCACACCAGAACGGCGCAAACUGGAUGAGCUUCAUGAGGGCGUAAGGAUCGUCUACAAGCGCAAGUCGGCUUCAAAGAGCUCUUCAAGGUUAUCGGCGUUCUUGAAGCGUAAGUAG